UCUGCGCUCCUGCCCUCGGCCCGGAUGGGUGUACUGGCUGGGACUUGGGUCUCCUGGAGUUAAUGUCCAACUGGGGGUCUGCGGAGACCAGAUCCGAGGUGCCGCCGCUGGAAGGGACUCUAAGAUGAAGUUAUGUGAUGUCGUGGCUGUCUGCCUGGUGCUGUUCCACACCGCGUCCGCCUUCCCGCUGCCCGCCGGUAAGAGGCCUCCCGAGGCGCCCGCUGAAGACCGCUCCCUCGGCCGCCGCCGCGCGCCCUUCGCGCUGAGCAGUGACUCAAAUAUGCCAGAGGAUUAUCCUGAUCAAUUUGAUGAUGUCAUGGAUUUUAUUCAAGCCACCAUUAAAAGACUGAAAAGGUCACCAGACAAACAAAUGGCAGUGCUUCCCAGAAGAGAGCGGAACCGGCAGGCUGCCGCUGCCAACCCGGAGAAUUCCAGAGGGAAAGGUCGGCGAAGUCAGAGGGGCAGAAAUCGGGGUUGUGUCCUCACUGCCGUCCAUUUGAAUGUCACUGACUUGGGUUUGGGCUACGAAACCAAGGAGGAACUGAUUUUUCGGUACUGCAGCGGCUCCUGUGAGGCCGCUGAGACAGUGUACGACAAAAUAUUAAAAAACUUAUCCAAAAGUAAAAGACUGGGGAGUGACAAAGUAGGGCAGGCCUGCUGCAGACCCAUCGCCUUUGAUGACGACCUGUCAUUUCUAGAUGAUAACCUGGUUUACCAUAUUCUAAGAAAGCAUUCCGCUAAAAGAUGUGGAUGUAUCUGACUCCGGCUCCAGAGACUGCUGUGUAUUGCAUUCCUGCUACAGUGCAAAGAAAGGGACCAAGGUUCCCAGGAAAUGUUUGCCCAGAAUGGAAGAUGAGGACCAAGGAUGCAGAGGAGGAGGAGGAGGAGGAGAGGAAGGCAGCCAUUGUGGGAGCCUGGUAGAGGGAGAUCCAGCUACAGCAAACUGGACAGGAGAAAGAAAGCCGCCAUCCGGAUUAUCCCGGAGGGCAGCCAAUGCCACCAGAAGCUCAGGGCUGGUGUCCCCGGUUGGGUAUUGCCAUUGUUUCAUCGGAUACAGUCCACCAUCACCGGUCACAGGCGCAGUUGCGGAUGCACUUGAAACCAAACCAGUGUAUCUCCUGUGGUUUGUUUUCACAUGUCUGGAGACACCGGGGAAAAGUAAGCCUGGUGUCAUUCCUUGUCAUGACGUUUUUACUGCUGAAAGCAAGAAAGGUUUAUUUUUCUGUCACUCAGUGGAGACAUACCCCGGAAAAGAGGGGGCGGGGGGAAAAAAAGCAAAGACACGAGAGAGUAACCUUUGAAUUGGAAAGUUGAGGCCUGAGGUUUACUACAACCAGCGUGUUGUGAAUGGCUGGUGAUUGUUUUUGAACAUGGUGUGUGGGGUGGGAAGAAGUUGGCUAGGAACCAAAAAAGGCUGUCCUCAUGACUAAAAAACAACCUGAAGGUAUUUCCUUUAUGUCCUUGGAAACAGGAAACCAGUUGUGGUUUUCGGCAGCAUUCUUGCAGGAGAGCAAGUGGGAAAGGCCACCCGCUCAUGGGGGCAGGGAGACCCACCGGCCUGUCCGUUUACAGAGAGACAGAUGUUACAUACGCCCCAGCUCCGUUUAUGCGUGGUCACCAGUGACCAGAGAAGCUACUCGAUGCAAUGCAUCUGUUUCAGAUACAGAAAUAUAGAGAAGAUAUUUAUUGAGAUUUAAGUUAUUGUUAUUUAUUACCGUUCACUAAUGAGUUUCUCUUUUUUUUCCCCUUAUUUAUUAAAGUUUCUUUUCAAAGGUGCCAAAGUAUAUGUGCUCGCAAAAUGCAAAGAAAGGUGACAAAGGAAAUUUUAAUUGGGAACAAGGGUCCAUGCUUUUCAAAGUAUUAAAAUGUUUUUCGCUAGGCAAAAAUCACUUACUUUACCUUUUUUAGACAAGCCCUCGUUAACUUCCCCAGAUUUCAACAUCUUCCCUAGUUUUCUUUUUAACAAAAGAAAUGUGUCUGAAGGAAUGUUUCUGACAGGAACGUUUCCUUUUCGGGAGCCAUGUGCAGAGACCAUUGGCACUUGGUUUUACUUCUUCAUUGCUCCAUCUCUGAAGAGAAAUGCCAUAUGCUCCAUUUUCUGUUGUGUUUAAGCUCUUACUCCCCUCCACAUAUAUCUAUUUAUGGUAUGCAUAACCAUAUAUAUGAAAGGUUAAAUUCUUUUAGUAGGCAGUCCUGGAUUCAAUGUUGACCUGAAAGUAAAAAUCCUGUCAGGUAGCAGGGGUCCACCCUGAGUGGAGGCUCUUCCUCCAUCCUUCCACCCACUGUUCCUGAGAAACAGGCUGGUGCGCUGUGCAGCCAGGGAGCACGCUGCUGGCCUUCCAGGAGUGAGGUCUGCUGGUUGCUGUAAACCCGCAUUGGCUGUCAUCUCAGGACAAUAGUUGCUGUUCCUGUACACCCGAUCCCUUCCUGGGAAGAAGGUGGCCCAGAAGGGUGGAUGGGAAGACGUGUCUGGCCUGGCCACACACCAAGGCUCGAGCUCCUAGAGUGUACCACCUUUAUGAUGAACGUCUUCAGAAGGGAGAAAGCUAGGGUGGGAACAACCACCUCAUAUGUGCCCUAGAUCAUGGAUUUGCCUGACAGCCGACCCAUGCACAAUGCACGAAGCCUUAUAAUAGAGCUUGUUACAUACUUCAUAAAAGGGACUUUUAUCAAGGAGAUAAAAAUCAAGGAGAUUAUCACUACCUUCAAGGCUAGUCACCCAAAAGUAUGACAGGUUUAGCAAUUAAAUGACUUUAAGGGCCUCCCUCAAAUAAUCAUGUUAAUUUUACAAAGUAACCAAGAGGCGGUAGUUACCACACAUCCCUUCCCCUCAGCCCCAAAAGACCCAAGUUUCCAUCGUUCUGCCCCUUUCUGUCCUUUCUGCUCCCCUUGCACGACUCGGAAAUAGAGGAAAAUGCCUCCCUCCCCCUCUCCUGGGGCCAGAGCGGGACCUUGCUCAGCAAGGAACAGUCUGCUCAGAACAGUGACAGACAAAGCAGUCUGGUCAUUCAAGCACAAUUUGACAUCGCCCCAGGAUCAUCUGUCCCAUUCAGACAUCCUGGCAGGUUUGGUGGCUGGUAUCUCCAGGUAUCAACUCAGUCAGCCCCUAGCUCCCCAUGGAGAGUCACUGCCCAGAGAGGCUCUAGGAUUCAGUGGGUGUUGACAACUGGUUCCCAGCGUCACCUACACACCAUAAGCAGGUUUUAACUGAAGCCAAUCACUCUACCAAAUCCACAAAAGGGUAAAGUUUGUGAUUUUUCUUAAUCGUUACAAUUACCACCUGAUCCAGUAAGGAGUGCACUUCUUUGGAAGUUCUGACUUCUCUGUCGGUCGUUUGUGUUAUUCAACCAAAGUUCUCUACAGACUUUA